ACAUGUAGAGAAGGAUGAGGAGCAAGAAGCGUCUCUUUUUCAGAGGAGACGAGCACGUAAGAAGACAGACUUCCAACCUAUGGGUGCAGCAUUAGCAGCAAGAUCUGCUGCUCGUAUAAGAGAAGAACCUAUGCAUGAAGCCGCUCCCUCUAGACGUACACGAUUCGCGAGAGUAGAGGGGACAUCACAGGAUAUAGUUUCUCAAUUGGGGCUUGGAGACGGAGGGUCUCCUAUGUCUUCUGCUGCUGCUGCAGCAGCAGCAGCAGCAGCAGACUCAGCGAGAGCACCAAGCGGCGGCAGAUCUGCAUUCAGGAGCAGACGGAGUGUCAUUACACCUAUUGACGCAGACUCCCUACAAAUCCCUUUAUUAAGUGGUGGUGGUGGUGGUGAGGGUGUCUCCUCUUCGCCUGUCUCCUUACGUACUCCCCGUGUCUCCGUUGGUUACGGUGAUGGACGUAGGAGUGUGGCAGUAUCGGGUACCCCUUCUGUCUCCUCUUCUUCCUUCCUGUCUCCUCGUUUCGUUAGAGACAGUCCAGGGAGGCCCGUCCUCCAAGGGUCUGAUCUAUUUGUACAAUGGAUAUGGCCUGAAUCCCCUAAUAGACCAGAGCAUGUAUUUUUGGGGCUUUUUUAUCAUCAUAAUGAACAAUUCAUCUUCCCUCUACAUUGGAGUAAACCUAUACCUAAUACAGGAAGUUUUGCAUGGCAUGUUGAUACAAGAUUCAGGAAGGGAGAGGCCUGUCAAUUAGUAUUCCUAGGGAUGUUUGAUUCAGAGAUAGGCUGCAGCAGCAGCAGCAGCAGCAGCAGCAGCAGCGUAUCAGCAGCAGAUGCUGUAUGCCAAUCUAAUGCCUUUUAUAUUGUUAAGCCUACUCCUCUAUGUGAAUUAGAAUUACGUUAUGCUUCUUUCUGUAGAACUCAUGGAUUGGAGAUGGAGCAUAUGUCUGAAUCUAAAUUAUCUGAAUUUGGGUAUUCAAUACAAGAAUGUAUGCUAAAAGUCUGUAUCCCGUUCUGUCCGUAUAAUAGAGAAUAUUGA